AUGGUUUUUAACUCCUUCUACGAGUUUGGGAAUCUGACGCGGAUGUGGCAUGUGACCUCCUACAGCUUGUCACCUUUCGAGCAGUGAGCUUUCCCACACGUCCUCUGUAAAGGAAUCCGCAACGUGCUGCGCCGCAGUCGGGAGUCUUUCCUUCACGUGGUGAUGCCGUUUGUAGUUUUUUAUCUUACCUGCACAUGGGGGACUCAUGAGUUUGAGAGAUCCCAGAGGAAGAAUCCAGCUGCCUAUGAAAAUGACAUAUGAGCAUCACAUCCAAAUGACGGUUCCUGUUUCCAAAAGACCUUUAUCUGGAAGAGGAGUCUGCAUUGUCUCUUAAAGACACAAUACACUUCCUAUG